CACAAUUAGAACCGAUCUAUCAAAACGAAUUACUCGACGGCGGGCGCGAAACGGAACAUGAAUGCGCUUCAGUGUUCUUACGGACGGUGCCGACUGCCGACGGGGGACGGUUCUUGGUGUCCUGAGCUGGAGGUUCUUUCACUGGAUUUUGCUGCCGCGAAAAUUCGCCGCGUGUCACUUGACUAGAAUUGCAACAUGCGGGUCCGCCGAGUUUCGAUUUUUUUGUAAUUAUAUAUAUGCAAAGCUCAGCGACCGGUAGCUCAGUGUGUAUUGUCAUUUGUGACAGUGGCUGUGCAAUUAGAUACAAUUGAGAGUAAUUUUUCGCACCUCUGCUUCCGAACCACCGGUUCGUUGUCGUCAUCGUCGUAAUCGUCGCCGUCCGCCGGUAGAAUUACUUGUACUACUUGCCUCCACCGGGAAAGGGUGGAAAACAUUUGUCUUUUGUAGUGUGAAACGGAGCACGCGCCUCCAGUGAACUAUCGGCUGAAAGUGUACGAACGUUGAAAGGAUUAAAUAUGAGGACGUUUAUGUCGCGUGGUUUCAUGGAUCUGUUGUGGGAUUAUGCCGUCUUUGUGGUGUUCAUAAUCUUCUCGACAUUGGUGCCGCUUUGGGGUCGCUUUUUCGGCAAGAAGGAACGUACCAAGGCCGACUAUGUGUUUGGAGUCGGUACCAUAUCGAUGGGUGCUAUGAUGCUCUCGAUAGCACGAGGAACACUCGGAGUGCGCUCAUUCCUGGGCUAUCCAAGUGAGCUGUUCUAUCGUGGAUCGGCGAUGUGGGAGACUCUGUACGGCAUGGUGACUGCCUAUCCCAUUGUGUGCUUUGUUUUUAUUCCGGUUUACUUCAACCUCGGCGUGACGUCCGUUUAUCAAUAUCUGGAUUUAAGGUUCAAUAGCCGUUUAGUUCGUUGUUUGGCAUCGGGAACUUACAUAAUUCGCUCUUUGCUGAACUUGGGCGUAACCGUCUACACUCCAACCGUUGCUCUGAAUACCGUGAUAGGAAUUCCUUACUGGGUUUCGUUGGUUGCCAUUUCAGUAAUUAGUAUAGUGUUUAAUCUACUUGGAGGACUUAAAGCCGCCAUCACCGCUGAUGUUAUCCAGGGAGUGACCAUGAUUCUGAUAUCCGUUGGAAUCAUUAUUCAGUCCAUGGUAACAGUGGGAGGAUUUGACAAAAUUUUCACAAUCCCAGCAGAUAAUGGUCGAAUGAACUUUUUCAACUUUACCGGCGAUUUCACAGUUCGUGUAGACACAACAUCGGCUUGGUUGGGACAACUGUUCAUGUCGCUAAGCAUUUUCGGAUGUCAACAGAACUUUGUACAACGCUAUCUGAGUAUGAGCUCAUUUAAGGAUGUUCGCCGAACACUGCUGAGUAACAUUCCGGUAGUAAUCGCACUGUUCUCGCUAGCCUGGAUCGUUGGCAUGGGCGUAUUUUCGGUCUACGCCGACUGUGAUCCAAUGGCAGCAGGAUAUACCAACAAGAUGGACGAAAUACUGGCCUUCUUUGUCGAAGAUAAGUUUUCGUACUUUCCCGGGGUCAUGGGAAUCUUUAUGGCAUCGCUUUUUAAUGGAGCACUCAGCUUGAACGUAUCGAAUUUAAACUCAUUGGCCACCGUGACUUGGGAGGACUUCCUAUCACAACUUCCACGGUUCAAGGGAAUUAAUGACAAACAACAGUUGAAUAUAAUCAAAUUCAUUGGCUCAGUUUAUGGAAUUAUGGUUAUGGGCGUUGGUUUCACUGUCGGGCUACUUUCUGGUGUAAUCGAGAGCAGUAUGUUGAUGACUUCAGCCACAUCUGGACCGCUGCUGGGUGUGUUUCUACUGGCCAUGUUGGUCCCAGUGGCUAAUUGGAAAGGAGCUGCAUGCGGAAUGGUUGUCUCGCACUGUGUUACCUUAUGGAUCACUUUUGGAAGUUUGACUGUCGAUAAGCAAACGGUGCUACUGCCCACUUCUAUCGAGGGCUGCACAAACGAAACCUUCUCAUCAGGGAUUCUGAAGCCUUCCAAAUCAUGGCUGCUGGCCAAUACCCCACUGGAAGUUGAAUCAGAUUUCUCCUAUCUGGAUUCUGCGGGAGAUGCUGCUGUGUCUAACUCAGUGCGAUUUCCAGAAAAUUUGUACUCUGUAUCUUACAUGUAUUACAGUUUGAUUGGGACUUUCAUAACAGUUCUCAUCGGAACUGUUGUCAGCUACAUCACCAGUCACCGAGACGAUGCAUACGAUCAUAAACUGCUCCAUCCAGCGAUUUAUCGUCUGAGUCGUCUGUUUCCCGGUAAAGAGCGACGUUACGUAAACAAUUCCGACAUCCGGCCGAAGGUUCGCGUUCAGGCUAAAUUGCCGGUAGACAAGCUGGAACAGGACAAUCCGGCCUUCGAUUGCCGUGGUGAGGGUGAAACUAGACCCGGAGUAUUUAUUGUUAAUAUCACUCACAGUGACAAGGUGGCCGAAAUCCACAGAGCUCCGACUGAAACGUAUCGGAAAUUGGAUGAUAAUCUGAUUGAGGUGAGGUCGUGAGGAUCGUGGAGCAAACGUUGGUGCUAUUAUCCACUAUCGCCGCGGAUCAUUAUUUAAUUUGCUCGUUUUAAAUCCUGUAGAACACAAAAGACUGUGAUAAAAUGUAAGCAAGUUUAUGCGAGAGUAGAUAUUCGUAACAGAACCGGAACCGGUUUGUAGCCGGGUUAGGGUUUUUAUUAAAUCUAAGUUAGUAUCAGAAAGUCUGUUUCCGCUUAGUGAACGUCUCUACUUUUACGUGUAGGAAAUAGCUAAAUUUAUUUAAUAAUAAACUAUUGAUGAACUAUGAAUUACGUU